AUGAGGAGCGAGCGCGACACGGACCGCCAUGGCGACCGGGGCAGGAGCAGGGGCGGCAAGGCCCGCUCGGCCUCCCGCUCGAGGUCCCGCGGGAGGCGCAGGACCAGAGAGGCGAGGCAAUCUGCGACGCCGCCGCCGAGGACGCUGGCGCCCACAAGAAUGGCGCGGCGGAGGAGGGGCAGCACAGGAAGGCGCAGAGGGAGGAGAAGAAGAAGCUCACGCCCGAGGCCCCAGGGGACGCCUGCUGCCGAGGAGAAGGCGAGGCGAGAGGCGGAGGCCGAGGAGCGGCGGACGAAGGCCGCCGAGGAGGAGGAGAAGCGCAGGGCCAUGCGGGAGCGCAGGCAGAAGGUCAAGGAGCAGCAGGCCGCGGCCCAGGCGGAGCUGAAGAGGGCCACGACGCAGGAUCUGACGGUGGAGGAGGCUCCAGGGGUGAGCCCCGAGGAGGAGGAGAGAAGGCGACUGCAGCGGGAGCGCCGGGCGAACCGGAAGCUGAUGGUGCUGGACUGA